UUCGUUAUUAUUUCUUUAUCAAGUGAUAAAUGUAAUUUAAAAAGCUAGCCUUUAAGUAAUUAUAAACAUAGUAAAUGUACCAGUUUCUACUCACUGUCUUUUAUUCUAUCAUUUUCUAUAUCAUCAUUUAGUCUAUAUCUACUCAUUUUUUAAAUCCUUUUUUAACGCCACGAUUUGGCAAAAUUAGAUAACGAAUACCCAUCGGCACGGAAGGUGUCAAAAAGAAUCUCGCUAUCAAUAGUAUCGAUAUUUGAAACGGCAUCGGAAGAAUGAUAGACUCGCUGGCAAACGUUGUCCACUGGAUUCCGGUCACUUCCACCUACGAGCGUCGCAUUUUUAAUCGUUAAGCAACGUCGCAUCGCGAGGAAGAUUCAAGUAUCAGCGACGACGUGACGAGUGUCUUUGUCCUCGAGUGAAUCACUGCGGUCUUCGCAUAAAUUUUCAUUUCGCGGUUCACAUUGUUAUACGAUGCCACACGAUUCGUCAGAUGUCCUCAGUAAAAGAAUCCGUGACUAAACAUCUCUUAAAUUAAAUCGCUCAAUGUUUCAAUAUUGCAUUAUUUUUAAUGAAACAAAGAAAAUGUUUCAUCAAUUCUUUUAAAUCCCUUAUCACGCGUUUUAUAAAAUAGAAAAUUGCUACAGAGAAGCAGACGGCGAAGGAAUACUCGUUUUCCUGGUAUGUCUCGGCUGGUCGUCUUUAUGAUUGGUGAGAAGCAAUUACUACAGUGGCUGGGGAGUCUUGUAACGCGAAUCUCCUACUGCAUAUAUUCUUCUUUUUCGGUGUCGGUGCACGCGUGUCUCGAGUGCAGGACAGGUUUCCCGGGAACAGACGCGCAUACACGCGCAUUCGCGAACACGUUUGGGUUUAUCGUCCUGGCAAAUAUGAUUCCACUGGGAGAGAACGAUGUCGGGUGUUUUUGUUUAACAUCCAAUAAUUCACGGGUCGUUGAUUAACACACUCGUCGAGUUUAAUCGAUUCUGGUUGCUAAUCACCCUCGACCAAAUGAGAUGUUCUUAUAAAUUAUGUUGGAAAAAAUUGACAUUGGUUUUAUCAGAGUCAGACAUUGAUUAAAACUUGAAACUGAUUAUUGGUCCGAAGUCUUGAAUGAUUCAACUGAUGCAGAUUUUAUGCAUUCCACAAUUCAAUAUCAAAUAUCUUUAUAUAAAAAUCCGUAGGUUUAUUAAUCCGUUCAAUCCGUUUCCAGCGAUGAUUCCUUGGCUCCUUCUGGCUCUAGCAGCCUCAGCUGCCGCGGGGCCACCCAAUAGGAUAAUAACGAUCACUGACACGAUACUGCCACCUUUGUUGGAUCCUGAUCAGAGGGAAGCCGAUGUGGAGAUCAUCGACGUGCCCGCGUUUCAACGCGGCGCAGUCGAAGGUCCGCCAAAUGAUAACUCUUUCGACGCGAGUUUCGUUACCCACGCGGAAUACGGAUCCGAAAGAUUUCCAUUGCGAGACGCGGUCGAAGCGUUGCCCUAUUAUCAGCUCGAUCCUCUGAUCACCAAUCAACCUUUGAGGGAACCUAUAAGUGGUCGAGUGCCUUUGAGGGACGCCGUGGAACAUCGGGAGGCGCCGUUCUUUUCUAACAGCGUCGAGCACGAGUCCAUUUGGAUAGAACCAUUGGCACCGCCGACUCUCACCAGAACGCAACAAAUCGUCGAUCCGAAAGUUGUCUGCUAUUUGGACUCCAGUUCCGUCCACAGAGCGGAACCGUUCUCCUUGUUUCCUCAAUCUGUACCAGACCAUCGGUGCAGUCAUUUAAUAUAUUCUGCCGCUACUUUGGGUACGCAUCGCUCGUCUCGGAGAUUUCAGAUCCAUAGAAAAAGGCUGAAUAAUGAAUACUUUUCAGAUCCGGAUGAGUUGGUCGUCGUUUCAAAGGACCGCGAAUACGACGAAAUAAAAGGCGGAUAUAAAGCAGUAACGGGACACCGGGCGAGGGACCCGGCCUUGCAAGUGCUCGUUUCGAUCUCCGCUCCAAAUAGAGGAAAGCUGUUUUCUGAGUUGACUAAAAAUCAGUGUGCAGCCCAUUGCGAGAGAUUCGCCGAGUCCCUGUUGAACUUCCUCGAGGCGCACGACUUGGACGGCGUGGAAAUCAAUUGGGAAACCUCAUCGGAACGUUCGAACGAUUUGAAACUCUUGUUGAAAACGAUUCGGAAGGCGUUCGGUGAACGUGAAUACAUUCUGGCUGUCGCUCAGAGACCCGAUGAUCCGGUUGAUCAGGAGAUUACUUCCAUAGCUGAUUUAGUCAUCCUAAGAGCGUGGAGAGACAGUCCCGCGUUCAGGAGGGAGAAAUUGGCUCUUCAUCCGGCUCCUUUCAAGUACGUCGUUCGCGUGACGAAUAAAUGGCUCGAACGGGUGCCCAGGGAGCACAGGUCGAAAAUUAUCCUUGGCAUACCCGUCUUCGGACAAGGGUACACUUUGAAAUUUGGAAACUUCACCGGCGCUGGGUCACCCAUCGUCGACCCGGCGAUCGAUCACAACUACGAUGAGCAGAAAAACGGGAGGAUGUCCUAUUAUCAGAUUUGCGAGAAGCUGGAAGAUGGAUUAUGGGCUUCUAGGAGAGACGAGGAAGGACCGUAUAUAAAACGCGGAGACCAGUGGGUCGGCUACGAGGAUCCAUUGUCGGUGAAAAUCAAGACAGCCUACGUUAGGUCCAUCGGCCUCGGCGGUGUUUCCUUGUGGUCCAUAGAUCUUGACGAUUUUCAAGUAAUCCUUACUUCUCUUAUAAAUAUUCUCGUGUAUUCCAAAACUCGAAUGUAUAUUCGUUCUCAGGGCAUUUGUGGAAAUCCUUGGCCAAUGUUGAAUGCCGCCACCGAAUCUAUUGGUUUUUACGAUGAGGCACAGCUUGAGAAGUGUUCUACGGAUGGACUUAGUAAGGAUCCGGAGAACUGCUCAGGGUUCUACAGCUGCCAUAAUGAAAAGCGUUAUCGCGGCCAGUGCGGAGUGGGAAAGUUCUUCGACCCGGUUAAAAACCGGUGCGUGAAAGCUAGCCGGGAUGUAUGCAAACCGGGACAGUUCCAACAGAUUCAGGAACAUUCUCAUUUCGGUGAGAUCAGGGAGACACAGGAGCAACAGCAUUUACAAUUCUCCAACGAGAAGGGAGUACGCGUGGUCUGUUACAUCACGUCCUGGUCCGUAUAUCGGAAAGGCGACGGUUUAUUCGUCCCAGAACGGUUGGACUCUCGACUGUGCACCGACAUAAUUUACGCGUUCGCUGGAUUAAAUCCAGACACGCUACUUAUUCAACCUUUCGAUCCAUGGGUCGACAUCGAACACAACUUGUACGAGCGUAUAACGAUGAAGGGAUCGAGGGUGUUGCUGGCAAUCGGAGGUUGGACCGAUAGCACCGGCGACAAGUACUCCCGGCUGGUGAGCAGCGGUGCCGCUCGCCGCAAAUUCGUAGCUUCCGCGAUCAACUUCCUGAAGAAGCACAACUUUGACGGCCUGUCCUUCGAGUGGAAUUACCCGAAAUGUUGGCAGAGCGAUUGCCGGAAGGGUCCGGACUCCGAUAAGCCGAACUUUACCAAACUGAUUCAGGAGUUGAGGAAGGAGUUCGACCAGCAGCAACCGAAGCUCACCCUGGCUGUGACGAUGUCAGGGUACAAAGAAGUGAUCGACAGAGCUUACGAGGUCCGAGAUAUCUCACAACUAGCUGAUUUCGUCACGGUGAUGACUUACGAUUAUCACGGUGCUUGGGAGUCGAAAACUGGACAUUUGUCGCCUCUCUUCGGGAAUACUGCUGAUAGCAAUCCGUACUACAACGUAAAUUCUACGAUGGAAUAUCUAGUUAAUCUUGGCGCUGAGAAAUCGAAGCUCCUGGUGGGCAUUCCUAUGUACGGGCAAGCUUAUCGACUGUCCACCGAGGAUCUAUCAAACAUUGGCGAUCCAGCAACGGGGCCUGGAACUCCUGGAGAAUUUACGAGACAGCCAGGCAUGCUGGCUUAUUACGAAAUAUGCGACAGAAUCCAAAACAAGGGUUGGAAGAUCGGAUCAGGGCCGAGUGCUUAUCAGAAGGAUCAGUGGGUUGGCUACGACGAUCGAGAGAGCGUUUACGCGAAGGGACAAUACAUUUUGCAGAACGGUUUCGGAGGCGCUACGCUGUGGACCGUGGAUUUAGACGAUUUCACUAACCGCUGCUGCUUGGAAUCCUUCCCUCUUCUGAAGAGCAUAAACCGCGCUCUAGGUCGUUUAAGGAGUAAGCCAUCCGAAGGGUGCCAAAGACCACCCGAGCCGGUUACACCGCAACCACCUACCCUGACGACCCAUCGUGAUGCCAUAGACGAAACUCUUCGACCGACUACACCGAUGUCGACCACGAAAACGACCACGUGGCCGUCGUGGACAGAGAAACCGAGCACAACUACCCAACGAACGACGAGGACCACUUGGCCGACUUGGACGUGGAAACCGAGCGAUAAACCGGCAUCCACAACCCAAAGUAUUUCUUCAUCAUCGACCGUGUCUUCAACGACCAAACCACCGGUGGUGCAGUCGACGACGGAAGCAAUAGAAGUGUCGGAGAAUCCAGCGGAUUCCUCGAAGCCUGGAACAUCGUGCAUGACCGGGGAAUACACUUCGGAUCCUGAUAACUGCAAUAAUUACUUUAGAUGCGUUCUCGGCGAAUUGCAACGUGAGCAAUGCGCGCUAGGACUGCAUUGGGACGCGAGACGAAAUAUCUGCGACUGGCCAGCUGCGGCGAAAUGUCAAGUGGGAACCACAGUUUCGGUAACUGAAAAGCCGUCGUCGACCACUGAGAAGAGUACCACAACUACGACGACAACGGCAAGACCGACUACGGUGUCAACGACUACGAAAGCUACUACCCAGAAGCCGAUAACUACGGAGAGUCCAGAUGAAGAGACAGAGAAAAAUUGCGUUCACGGGCAGUAUUACUCGUACCCGAAUUCGUGUACGAGCUUCAGGAUUUGCGUGAACGGGAACUUAGUCUCACAGCAAUGCGGGCCGGGAUUGAACUGGAACAAGGAAAAAAAUAUGUGCGAUUGGGCGUUCAAGAAUCCUUGCAUCGAGAAACCGAAGAAAACGGCUUCGUUGGUCGCGGCUGGUGCCAAGUCUACCCCAUGCACGCCUGAGAGCUACUCCAGCGUACCGGGGGAUUGCGAAAGUUUCAAGGCUUGUCUGUGGGGUCGGUACGAGGUGUUCCGUUGCGCUCCAGGAUUGCACUUCAACGAGAGGACGAGGAUAUGCGACUGGCCGUCUCGAGCUAACUGCCAGGACAAUUCUGUGCCAACGGACAAUCAAGAAUCGAGCACUCCUGGCAACGAACUGCCCAGCGUACCAACCAUUUCGACUGAGAAAGCGUGGGAAGCCAGCACCACUGAGCCAACCACCAGUUUACCCUCGGCCGUCAUAGAUCCUGAGAAGGUCUCACCAUUGUCCGGACAUUACAAGAUUGUCUGUUACUUCACGAAUUGGGCCUGGUACCGAAGAGGAGUCGGUCGUUACGUUCCGGAAAAUAUCGACCACACGCUGUGCACGCAUAUCGUCUACGGAUUUGCCGUCUUGGAUUAUUCAGAUCUGAUCAUAAAAGCUCACGAUUCCUGGGCUGAUUACGACAAUCAUUUCUAUGAACGGGUGGUUGCGUAUAAAAAGCGGGGAUUGAAAGUGUCUCUUGCUUUGGGAGGCUGGAACGACUCUGCUGGCGACAAGUACAGUCGAUUGGUGAAUAAUCCUGCCGCCAGGAAGAAAUUCAUCCAGCAAGCUAUUCAGUUCUUGGAGAAAUACGAUUUCGAUGGAUUGGACCUCGACUGGGAGUACCCCGUCUGUUGGCAGGUUGACUGUAAGAAAGGACCAGCCUCGGAUAAGCAGGGAUUCGCGGAUCUGCUGAGAGAACUGAGCAGCGAGCUGAAACCCAGAGGACUGUUACUCAGUUCUGCAGUCUCGCCGAGCAAACAGGUGAUAGAUCAUGGGUACGACGUUCCAGCACUCGCUAAAUAUCUCGACUGGAUCGCGGUGAUGACUUACGACUUUCACGGGCAAUGGGACAAGAAAACGGGCCACGUAGCGCCGCUCUAUUACCACCCGGACGACGAUUACUAUUAUUUCAACGCGAACUAUUCCAUUAAUUAUUGGAUAGCAAAAGGUGCCCCUCGACGGAACAUCGUUAUGGGAAUGCCGUUGUACGGGCAAUCGUUCAGUAUAAACGAUCAGAGCGCAGGCACGGGGUUGAACGUUCCAGCAAGUGCUGGACAAGCGGGAGAAUUUACUCGAGCUGCAGGAUUCUUAUCCUAUUACGAGAUCUGUAGUAGGAUACGAAACCGCGGGUGGAACGUUGUACAAGAUCCGGAACGUCGAAUGGGUCCUUAUGCGUACAAAGGCAACCAGUGGGUCAGCUUCGACGACGCGGACAUGAUUCGUAAGAAAGCCGAGUACAUUAGAGAGAUGGGUCUGGGUGGCGGAAUGGUUUGGGCAUUGGAUCUCGAUGAUUUUCGAGGAAAGUGCGGCGAGGGACAGCAUCCCUUGAUGCAUACACUUCAGGAAGUACUGGCUCCACCCCCGAACAAAGAGGAAGAACCUGAGAAACCAGCAAUUACUGAGAACGAUUUAGAUCAAGGUCCGAUGCCGCCUUCGGUAGCAUCUUCUACGGCUAGGACGCCGAUACCGACGUCGACUUCGAGGGAUCAAGCGCAACCUGAGGAUAAAUUCAAAGUAAUAUGCUACUUUACGAAUUGGGCUUGGUACCGUCAAAACGGAGGGAAGUUCCUACCGGAAGAUGUGGACACAGACUUGUGUACCCACGUUCUAUACGGUUUCGCGGUUCUAGAUGGAUCGCAGUUGACCAUCAAGUCGCACGAUCCUUGGGCGGAUAUAGAUAACAAAUUCUACGAGAGAGUGGCAGCGUUGAAGAAGAAGGGAGUGAAAGUGUUGAUGGCUAUCGGAGGCUGGAACGAUUCGGCAGGCGACAAGUACAGUCGUUUAGUGAAUUCACCGUCAGCCAGGAAGAGAUUCAUCGAGAACGUGAUUCAGUUCAUCGAGAAAUACGAAUUCGAAGGGCUGGAUCUGGAUUGGGAAUAUCCCGUAUGCUGGCAGGUGGAUUGUAACAAAGGUCCAGAGUCCGACAAAGAAGGAUUCGCGAGUUUGGCGAGGGAACUGAGCGAAGAAUUUAAACCGAGAGGUUUAUUGUUGUCGGCUGCAGUUUCACCGAGCAAACGCGUCAUCGAUGCCGGAUACGAUGUGCCAGCUUUGGCGAAAUACUUGGACUGGAUAUCAGUGAUGACCUACGAUUAUCAUGGCCAGUGGGACAAGAAAACUGGACACGUCGCUCCUCUCUAUUCGUUGCCUAACGACUGGGAGCCGACCUUCAACGCUAAUUUCUCUAUUCAUUAUUGGAUGGAGAAGGGUGCCCCGGCAGAUAAACUAGUAAUGGGAGCACCAUUGUACGGUCAAUCGUUCACUUUGGCCGAGAGAAGUCACAGAGGAUUAAACGCCCCGACUUACGGCGGUGGCGAAGCCGGGGAGGCAACGAGAGCUCGCGGUUUCUUAUCCUAUUACGAGAUUUGCGAAAGAACCCUGAAGGGUGGUUGGACCGUCGUACAAGACAAACAACGGCGGAUCGGUCCGUACGCGUAUAAAGGCGAUCAAUGGGUCAGCUUCGAUGAUGCCAGGCAAAUCAAACUGAAGGCAGAAUUGAUAAAGGACCUCGGGUUGGCCGGUGGCAUGAUCUGGGCGCUCGACUUGGAUGAUUUCAAGAAUAGAUGCAACUGCGAACCCAGUCCGCUUUUAAGAACCAUGAACAGAGUUCUAAGGGAUUAUCCUAAAGGCCCGCUGUGCCCCGUAACAAAUGAAUUUACGACUAUCGAUGCUGGAGAAUCUAGUACAGAAUCUACGACCACUGAACGACCAAGUUGGGAACCAGUAACUUCUCCUAGACCUACGUAUUUACCCCCGGUAUCAACGACCGUAGAUCCGGACACCGACGAUACAAUUGAGAUAGAAGCUGGACCACCGAUAGUAGACGGUUCGCCUCAGGACUGUGGCAAUCGUUUGUUCGUCCCGCAUAAGAAAGAUUGCUCCAAGUACUUUUUAUGUAACUUCGGAAUGCUCACCGAGCAUUCCUGCCCCCCCGGCCUUUACUGGAACGAGAACCGAUGCGACUGGCCGGAAAACACUAAAUGCAGGGCAGCUCAACGCCAAUCGAACGAGCUACUGCCGCUGAUCUCAAACCCGGAAACGGACAACAAGAAGGUGAUCUGUUAUUUGACGAAGUGGGCACAGAGGCGACCGGGUGCAGGACAAUUCCAACCGGAGGAUAUCAUCACGGACCUCUGCACCCAUGUCGUCUACGGUUUUGCCACGUUGGAUCCGUUACGAUGGACGAUACAAAAUCUUCAAGGCGUCAGACAGAAAAGAUCACUUGAUGCAUUGAUGGAUAUUAAGAGAAGAACCGGACUGAAGGUUCUGCUUGCUUUGGGAGGCUGGGAGGAAUCCAAAGACGAAAAGUAUAGCAGAUUGGCACAUGACCCGGUGGAACGACGAAGAUUCGCAAGCCAUGCUUCCCGUUACCUUCAGAAUCACGGGUUUGACGGUCUAGAUUUGGUCUGGGAGUAUCCAGUGUGCUGGCAGAUGGAUUGCAAUCUUGGGCCAUCGACCGAUAAAGAAGCCUACACAGCAUUGUUAGAAGAACUGAGUGCAGCCUUCAAACCCAAAGGUCUAUUGCUUUCCGCUGCGGUAUCAGCUAGCAAACAAGUGAUCGACGUAGCUUACGAUAUCCCAGCGUUAUCGAGAUACCUGGACUGGCUCGGUGUAAUGAGUUAUGACUAUCAUACGUAUUUGGACGGUAAGACUGGUCACGUCGCGCCGCUUUAUCGCCAACCGGGAGAGCAGGAUGAAUACUUGAACGCGAACUUCUCGAUAACGUACUGGUUGGAGCAAGGUGUACCAUCGAACAAGCUUAUAAUGGGUGUGCCGACGUAUGGGCAAAGCUUCACGUUACGGGGAAAGCCGGAAGAAAGCCUCGGCGCGGAUGUGUCUGGGCCUGGACACCCAGGAAACUUCACUAGAUCCGCUGGCAUGCUUGCGUUUUAUGAGAUAUGCGAUAACGUGAUAAAUAAAGGUUGGUCCGCGAUCAAGGACCCAGAGAAUCUACGUGCUAACAAAGGUGAUCAAUGGGUCAGCUAUGAAGAUGUAUCCAGUAUAAAGCGAAAGGCGGAAUUCGUGAGGCAUUUAAAUCUCGCCGGAGCGAUGGUUUGGUCACUGGAUCUAGACGAUUUCAAUCAGCAGUGCGGCUGCGGCAAGUAUCCCUUGACUACGGCGCUGGGUCAAGGAAUCAGAGGAGUACAGGAUCUCAGAAAGGAUUGUACCUGAGGUACACGUGUCUCAGGAAAACGCGCGGAUGUUUUAUGUCGUCGCGUUCCUCUUUUACAAAUGUCGACGAAACAUAUAUGACGUAAAUUCGUAUUAAACGAUACGUUUCGGAAAGGAACUGUGUAAACGAUAGUAAACAAACAUUUUCCACUAUCGCGUUACAUUUUCCAGCUAAUACGUACGUUCUAGUUACUACAAAUCAUUCGAUGAAUUGAGAAAUAGAUAAGUGACACAAGAGUUCAAGUUUACGUUUCAGGAAAAAUUGGACAAAAGUGUAGUAGAUAAGGAAUAUAGAUAAUAAGCAUACAUGGAAUGGAAAAUAUGUUCACAAACACUGCGAUUAGCAAAAUAUGUACUCUUCCGGGUGACGUGCAUCAGAUUUGUCCGCGUGUGAAAGAUAUUAACGUGGAAUCAACGUCACGUCCCCCGAGAAGACGAUCUAUUAAAAUGCAUUGCAUACAUAAAUGCACCCAUUAAACAUCUGUAUAUGUUACCAGUAUACAUUCUAAAUAUACGCCGUAUCAUUAAAGUGAA